ACUAUGUCCAGUUGUGUUCGAUUCAAUUGCCUUGAGACAGCGCUGAGCAGGUUUUUUUCAUGCAGCAAAGCGAGACGGUCUUUGGAUAAAUGUGACAAAGUGGUCACUUCCAGGGAGGCUCAGCUUCCCUGGGACCUGAUGGAGCGGUAGGCGGGAGAGGACGCUUGUUGUCUGCAUGAUGAUUGGAGGAAUUGUCUAAACAGCUGAACCCCUUUGUGAUUGACAGCGCUUUUGAAAUACACACCGGCAUCAUCACAUUUCGAGCUCAGUCCUAUGGAUCGAGGCAGUGCUAUCAGACGCUCCUCAGACACUGUGGUUCACAGACACUCCAACCAGCAUGAACACGAUUUUCAUCAUCGGCCAAAUCAUCGGCAUCGUCCCCAUGUCCGUCGUGCUCUUCUUCUUCCUUGCCAAGCUGGUUUCCCGCCACCGCAGCAGCCAUGUGCAGGACGGUUACGGCUACGCUGUGCUGAUAACUGGCUGCGACAGCGGCUUCGGAUAUCAGCUGGCUCGCUCUUUGGACCACAAAGGGUUUGUGGUCUUUGCUGGGUGUUUGUCUCCAGAAGGAGCUGGUGCCCACAGUCUGGCCAGACAGAGCUCCAGUAAUCUGAAAAUCCUCAAGCUGGACGUCACCAGAGAUGAAGAUGUGCAGCAGGCGAAGAGGACGGUCCAGGAGAACCUGCCAGAGAAGGGGUUGUGGGCAGUCGUGAACAACGCUGGCAUCACCGACUGGGCCGAGAUCGAAUGGAGCACUAUCGAAGAUUACCACGCCAUGCUCGACGUCAACCUGUUCGGCGCCAUCAGGACCUCUUUUGCAUUUCUACCUUUGGUUCGUGCCACCAAAGGCCGGAUGGUUUACAUGUCGAGCAUCUUUGCCUUCUUCAACUGCCUGAACAUGGGAGCUUACAGCGUGUCAAAGAGAGGCCUGGAGGCGUUCGCAGACUGCCUACGGGUUGAAAUGGCCAGUUUUGGUGUGAAGGUCAGCAUCAUCCAGCCAGGUAAUUUUGGCCAAGCCACCAACAUCCUGAGGAUGAAAUCAGGUUUGGAUAUUUGGAAGAAGUUGGACGACGAAAAAAAGCAAAUCUUCAACCGCCAGUACAUCGAUCUGGCCAACGAGUACUUCAUGUCCACAUGCAGGACGGGGUUCAAGAACCCCGACAUGGUCAUCGAUGCCUUGCUGCACGCCAUCACGUCCGGUCAGCCCAAGCACAGAUACGUGUUGGCCUCUGCGAUGGAUUCGUUUUUCUUCCAGCUCUUCCCUUUUCUCCCCAGCGUCCUCACCGACACUGUGUUUUCUUUCAGCUCCAUGUACACUAAAAGAAAAGAAAUGCUUUACGCUAAACAGUAAAAGACAGGAGCAAAAGAAUGGAAGAAUCUGCAUGAAUAUAAUAAUAACAUUAUAGUAAUCUUUAUUUGUAGAGCACUGUUCAAAACAUAGUUACAACAUGCUUUACAGGACAACAUAACAUAUACACCGUAUACUGU